AUGAGUACUUAGGAAAAAAUAGUAUAAAUAUACUACUUUGAGAGGAUUAAUAGAAGAUAGAGAUAAUCAAUAGGCUAAUUUUCAUAGGUCUAUGAUAUUUUUGUUAACAUUAAUAUACAGGUUUUUAAAAAAGAUGAAAUAUUCUUAAAAUUGAAAGACCUGUUAAGUAGAAUGAUAAAUGAAAGACUUAAGAGAUUUGUUGUGUUAGUGAUUAGCUUAACAAAAAUAUAUAAUAGAAAUGGCAAUAGGGAAUUAGGUAUUUAAUGCAACUACUUAGGAUUUCAUAUGGGAAUAUUGAAUGCUUGGAUAGAGUGCAUGAACUUGCAUUUUAACUAUGGGAUUAGUGGUGUUGAGUUAUUGAAAUUAAUAUAAAAGAGGGAGAGAACCGCCUUUAAUCAUUUUAAACCAAAAAUUCAAGUAUAUUAUAAAAUAAUAAUUUAAAUUUCAAACACAAAAAUGCUCAUUUAAAAUUAAGAAUUUAGCGGCAACACUAAGACUUAAACCUUCACUCCUUUAUCUAAUUUGUAGACAAGUUAACCAGUUGUUUAAUAGAACGAAUGCGAUGAGCCUCUUUUAAAACAAAACCCAAAUAGAUUUGUACUCUUCCCCAUAAAAUACAAUGACAUCUGGAAUAUGUAUAAGUAACACAAAGCAAGUUUCUGGACAGCUGAAGAAAUAGAUUUAUAUUAGGAUCUUAAAGAUUGGGAAAAACUCACUGCCGAUGAAAAGCACUUUAUUAAAUAUGUACUUGCCUUCUUUGCAGCAAGUGAUGGUAUUGUGAAUGAAAACUUGGCCCAAUAGUUCUGUACAGAAGUGCAAGUUCCUGAAGCAAGAUGCUUCUAUGGAUUUUAAAUAGCUAUGGAGAACAUUCACUCAGAAACCUAUUCACUUUUGAUUGAUACCUAUAUAACCGAUGAAAAUGAGAAGAACUAUCUUCUCCAUGCCAUUGAUAAUGUGCCUGUUAUUCAAAAGAAAGCAAUGUGGGCAAUGAAAUGGAUUAAUAAUAAUGAUUCAUUUGCUGAAAGAUUGAUUGCCUUUGCUGCUGUUGAAGGCAUCUUCUUUUCUGGUUCAUUUUGUGCUAUAUUUUGGAUCAAAAAAAGAUCAUUGAUGCCAGGACUCACCUUUUCAAAUGAAUUAAUUUCAAGAGAUGAAGGUCUCCAUACAGACUUUGCUUGUCUUCUUUACAAACAUAUGAUUAAUAAGUUGAGUAUUCAACGAGUUCAUGAAAUCAUUUCUUCUGCUGUUGAAAUUGAAAAAGAAUUCAUCAGUGAAGCUUUACCAGUUGAACUAAUUGGAAUGAAUUCCAAUUUGAUGAAAUAAUAUAUUGAAUUCGUUGCAGAUAGAUUGAUAUUUGCAUUGGGAGCUCCUAAGAUCUACAAUUCAAAGAAUCCUUUUGAAUGGAUGGAUAUGAUAUCCUUAUAAGGUAAAACUAAUUUCUUCGAAAGAAGAGUUGGAGACUACCAAAAAGCUGGAGUUAUGAGCAAAAAAUAAGAUAAAGUAUUUACUAUGGAUGCAGACUUUUGA